AUCAGCGUAGAUUCACGUAUAUACGUACACUUAUUCUUACCUACAUAAAUAACCAAUUCAUACUGCAUUACACAUUACACCAACUUAAUUAAUCAUCACUACAAGAAUUUUGCUUCGUUUCAGCAUGGCGGAGGAGCGCAACGUUCUAGACCUGCAAAGCCAAAUCCGGGCGUGGCAAGCGACGACGGCGUUGGUCUACACCAUGUCUCUCCACUGCGCCGUCGAGCUCGGCAUCCCCGACAUCGUGGACGAAGCUCCGGCGACGCCCCUCCCCGUCUCCCGCAUCGCCGCCGCGCUCCACUCUACGGGGCCUCCCCCAGACUCCUCCGUUCUCCACCGCCUCAUGCGCUUCCUCGCACACAAGGGCGUCUUCGCCGAGUGCGUAGACCCAACCAGGGGCGAGCCCGCCUACGCGCCGACCCCGAUUUCGCGCUGGUUCUCGCGCCGCUCCGAGCUCAGCCUCGCCUCCGUGGUGCUCCUCCAGAAGUGGGGNGUGGUGUGCACCCGUGGCAAAUGA